CAGGGUCUUUCAUCGUACCUUACCUUAUACAACGAAUUACUACACUUUCCGACAUCCCGCAAAGAUCACUUACGAUCCAAAUCACAUCCGCGUAUAACACGUACGCUUUGUAAACAUGGCCGCCCAGACCGGAGAGAAGCGCGCCAUUGACGAGAUGAUCGGUGACUCUAGAGUCUCAGCAAACAUGCCUGCCAUGACAGGAGAGAAGCGUACCUUUGAAGAGAUGUUUGGUGGCUCUGGAGCGGCCCAUCUCGCCGAGGUGGACUAUUCGAUCCCUGAGGGUGGAACGCAAGCUCUCCUACCCCUCCCUGAAUCCGUCGACAGUCUGGAGGUCACGGUUACUAAGAUGAAAGAUCUCGCUCGAGUGGUUGAGCAGGGCAAAAGCCUGGCUAUAUACACAGGCUACCGUCGCGAUCCGGUCCAGAUCGCCAAGAUGGCCAUGACCCCCUUUGAGAAGAAGCAGUAUGAAGCUUGGGUCGCGGGUGCCGAAAUGGCAGCGAUCGACUGGGAGGGCAACAAGAAGGACGUGCCACGCGAUGUGCUGUCCCAGGUCCGAUUUUCCGAGUACGCUGCUGCGAUGGACGAAAUCUGGGGCCAUGAGGGAGCGACGCCGGAGAACGCCGCUUGGCUGGCAUCGGAGAUGACACACGCGCUGCCGCUUCUCAGUGCCAUCUCGAAGGUCUCGAAGACAUGCACGGAUCUCGCCAGCAGCACUCGGGAUUUAGACGAGAUGGAGGUGAAGACGGCACACACGGCGGUCGCUGUUGCCAUGGACAACAUGACCCGGGUGUUCACGGCCAUGCGCAAGAUGUCUGCGACCGUAAACCGUUCGAAGGAUAUCCUCCAGGCGCGAGAACAUGAGAUCAAGGCCAGGAUGCCCGGCUACAAACGCAGGUAGGAUCCGAUUCGUCAUUCACAGCCGCCCGUUCAUCACUUAUUGGUGCCGACUUUGAUGUGAGCGGUGUCACGACUGCAUGCGCUGCCGAACUCGGAACCUGUGCCUUGAUAGUUGGUCCCGGUCUGGCUCCGUCUCCUUGCACAGCCAUGAAGGUUGAUGAUUAGGGGGUUGGCAGGCAGAACUCGGUGGAUGGGUUGUGUUGAUAGGCCUAGACAAGCCUCAAACUCAGCACUGAAGUCAUCACUGAAGUCAUUCCCGUGCCAAGGCUGAAGGUGGAGACAAUGGGCUCUCCCGAUUGGUGGGACGACCCUUGGAUAACGCCGGCGAUCGAAAGCAUCCGAG